AUGUGGAAAAUACCAAGGGGUUUUUCACUCACUGGUAGAUUGUGCUGCUUUCCCAAGGAUCCGCUGGAGGAUGUUGAGACCUGGAGUGAGUCUGUGGACAAAGUCCUCAGUUGUAAAGCCGGACAGAUAGCUUUGCGGGAGUUCCUGAAGUCGGAGUACAGCGAGGAGAACAUACUGUUUUGGCUCGCCUGUGAGGAGUACAAGAAAACCAAGACAGUCCCAGAGAUGAUCUCAUCUGCAAACAGGAUCUACUCAGAGUUUGUCCAAACAGAAGCCCCCCGACAGAUCAACAUAGAUUGCAGUACCAGAGAAAACAUAACGAAGAACAUCUCCAAGCCGACCCUGACUUCGUUCGACACGGCGCAGAAGCUCAUCUACAGCCUGAUGGCCAGGGAUUGUUACCCCCGGUUCCUGAAAUCUGAUAUUUAUCAAGGACUCCUGAGGAGAACUGAUUCAAGGUGACUGUUUAAACAAAAAAAAAAAAAAUGACAGCCUGACAGCGAAAUCAUCUCCGACUCUGAUCUGCUGCGGCGCUCUUUCAUUUCAGUGUGGAUAACGGGUUUAUGCCAUACAAU